CUCCAGAGAGCUGUUCCGGUACGCGCACCACCCACCACGUCACUGCUUCACCUUCACUAUUCACUUCACUAGUCCUAGUCUUUCGUUCUGUGACGUAAAAUGUAGAUGGGAUUUGUACUACUGCAAUCUUUUGUUGUUUCUAAUUUCAUUCAUAGUAACCCAUUUAACGUUCGAGUGUUUUUGAUAAAUAUUUAUAUCGUACGAUUGUGUGAAGAAAUAGAUUUCGAAAAUGUCGGCGUUUUUAGUAAGCACAAGUCGAAGGGAAGUCCUCAUCAAUUCAAAAUUUAAGAUGAUGAAGAAAAUCGGAGGUGGGUCCUUCGGUGAUAUAUAUUUGGCGAUCAACAUAGCUAAUGGCGAGGAGGUGGCUGUGAAGGUUGAGUCUACGAAGGCACGACACCCUCAACUUCUCUAUGAGAGCAGAGUAUAUAAGAUGCUCCAAGGGGGCAUUGGAAUACCUCAUAUAAGAUGGUUUGGCUACGAGAGGGACCACAACAUCCUCGUGAUGGACCUGCUGGGUCCAUCUCUGGAGGAUCUCUUCAACUUCUGCUCGCGACUCUUCACAGUGAAAACAGUGCUUAUGCUUGCAGAUCAAAUGCUGAGCCGCGUGGAGUACCUCCACUGCAAGUGUCUGAUCCACCGCGACAUUAAGCCCGACAACUUCCUCAUGGGCAUCGGUCGCCACUGCAAUAAGCUCUACAUGAUUGACUUCGGCCUCGCCAAGAAAUACCGCGAUAUGCGCACACGCGCCCACAUCUCCUACCGCGAAGAUAAAAAUUUGACAGGCACGGCGCGCUACGCGUCCAUCAACGCUCACCUCGGUAUCGAGCAGUCCCGACGUGACGAUAUGGAGUCACUCGGCUACGUACUUAUGUAUUUCAAUAGAGGAUCACUGCCGUGGCAAGGCCUGAAGGCUAUUACUAAAAAGCAGAAGUACGAGCGUAUCAGCGAGAAGAAGAUGUCUACGCCUGUAGAGGUGCUUUGUAAGGGAUUCCCGGCCGAGUUUGCCAUGUAUUUAAAUUACUGCCGCGGGUUGACCUUCGAUGAAGUCCCUGACUAUAUGUAUCUAAGACAGUUGUUCCGCAUCUUGUUCCGCACGAUGAACUACCAGUACGAUUACACGUUCGACUGGACCAUCCUGCGCCAGCGCAAGCAGCAUAUGGAGGCUGGCGCUGCGCCCCCGGAUCGCCGCUCGCCGUCUGUGCAGCGUCGCGCGCAGCAGCCUGCGCCCCAGCCGCCACCCAACAACGAGGUGAAGUCGGUGAACGCCACCAACGAGUCCGCCACCAAGCCCGCCGUCAAAGGACACCAAUCUUGAAAGAGAUUACGACGUUCGGCCGCUACGGGUGCUCCGGCGAAGAAGAGAGCACGAUAGCGUCAGUGUGUGUGUGUGAGUGAGACGGCCGGAGUGUGUCGACUACUGUAUUGCAAGCUCUCAACGUGCGUCGAACGCGUCGCUAAAACGGACUAGCUUUUUUUUUCUAUAACAGAGGCCUUUAGGUUAAUCGUCGUAGUGGUUGUCGGCUGGCGUCGGCUGCCGCCGGGCCCCGUCGGCGGUCGUCGGCCCGCGCGAUCCGUAAACUGCGUGUUCACGUGCGCAACUGGAACUUAUUAUAUUAUCAGCGUACGGAACUAACUACCUGCAUUCGCUAUUUAUGGAUGGCGCCACCAACUUCGGUCACUAACUUUUGAUCGUUGAUCGUCAUAUUAUUUAAUUGUAUUGUAUAUUAUAAUAUCCUCUCGUAAAUUCUUUUUUGAUUUGUAAUAAAUAUAAAUUAGGGUCCAUUUAUAGUUUGAGAAAAAAAAUGCAUUUUAAUAAGAAUAUAAAAGAUUAAAACAUAACGUAUAUUUAACAUUGUGACAUGUCCUAAUCGUUCCGUUCUAUAGUUUAUGCUACUCUCGAUGAUUAAUAUAGUUUUUUCGAUGUUAGUUUUAUUAUUAGCUGAAAAUUUCACGAUUUAACGGCGGCUCACACUCGUCGACUGUGCGAGUGCUUCUACUUUUUGAUGUAUAUAACUGUAUAAAAAGCUGAAACACUCACCGGUCGGGGGCGAGGGAGCGGUGUGUAAUAUUGGCUAAUAUUGUUCAUUAAAAUUUACUGAUUUACUAUAAGUAGUUUUUCUGUAACAAAAAAAGAGAAAAUGAUAAAAAAAAAGUUAGUUAAGGUGAAUCUGAUUCCCGUUUCUCGGGGGAGCGUUGCGCGCGGACAGCAUAAUAGAUAUUAUAGAUUCUAUUUUGGUUUGAAUCGGUUUGUCAGAGGUAUGAUUAUAUAGAAAAAUGUACAUAAAAUUACCCACGAGCAGUGCUCUCCCCAGAAUAUCGGUACAUAUUGUGUAUCGCAUAAAAAGUAAACUAAUUGUAAAUAUGAGACAGUGUUCAUUUAAACUGUUAUCUUUUCAUUUAUUUUGUUUCGUUUGUAACUGGCGGUGUCUCGUGGCAUUAUAGUUCACCUCACUGAGGACGAUGUAACACUGUUUGCCGUUCACACUUUGGGGUGGUAUUUUUGUAUACAAAACCUGUUGAGUGACGCAUGUAACAAUAUACAAUUCAUUCUGAUGCUUCCAUAGUGGCUAAUGGCAGUUGUCAUGAGACCCCCCGCAAUUUAUUAUUAAGUGAGUUAGAACUGAGAUCUUGUACGAUUGGGCGUGAAAAAGUGUAUCAAGUGGAGACAAAAUAUGUCGAUAAAUAUAUAUUAUUAAAAAUAGGACACCACAAUGACUUGGAAUUUGUGACCUCUCAUUGUGAUACUAUGGAUCUCAAUAUUCCUCUUUUACAAACUUCCUUUCUUUGCGAAACGGUUAACAGAAACAGACGGGCAACUGUUAUUUUGUCUCCAAUUGAGUUGAUAUACCUACUCGAUGUAACAUGCACUUUAAUUAUAAAUUAAUAAAUGAUACUAAACAAUG